UAUGUGUGUUUGUGUGUGAAAUGUGUAUAAUAAAACAAGGAGACUUCUCCAUCUACAGAUGAGAAAGUUUUAGAGAGAGAAACGCAAAUCCAUAUCCAUCUCUCUCUCUCUAAAAACUCCCUGUGCCUGCUUUUGUUAGGGAAUUGUGUUUGAUCCGAGCUGGACCUACCACCGAUCCCGCUUAAAACCACUGUUUUCGAGAAUCCGGAGCUGAAUUCUGCAGAUUCGGUGGAGGUCAUGCUGAUGAUGUUCAUCUGAAUUGGAGCUGAGAAGAUUUGUGGAGAGAGAAGCGGCGAAUGCGCCUCCGAUCUUCGGCGGAUCUGAUUCGGAGCUCGAAUUUUGUGCGACGGAAAAGUAUACAUGGAAUUGCCGAUUGGAACUGAAGGAAGAAAGGCGACUCAUGAUUUUCUCUCACUGUAUUCGUCAUCAGCUGCACAUAGCCAACAAGAUCCGUCUCCCUCGCAAGGUGGCUACCUUAAAACGCACGACUUCUUGCAACCGUUGGAAUGGGUGGGGAAGCAUGGGACAACGACGAAAGAAGAUAUUAAAGCUGGGGUGGCUGCUGUCGAUAGGCCUCCAGCGCCGCCACCUCCGGCCUCGGGGGAGCAUCUUCUUCCCGGUGGCAUUGGGACGUACAGCAUCUCUUAUUUCAAUCGAACGGUGUUAAAACCUGAAGGGGGCUUGUUUACUCAGCCGAGUAAUACGACCAGGAAUGACGAAAACUCAAACUGCAGUUCUCACUCAGGAGGUAGUUUCACUCUAUGGGAUGAAUCUGCAGUUAAAAAGGGAAAGACAGGGAAGGAGAAUAGUGUUACCGAAAGACAUAUUCUGCGAGAAGCAGGCGUUAAUGUGGUUGGAGGGAAAUGGGCGCCAUUCCUCGAAAAGCCAUCACAGUCCUCUUCUAACCAUAAGCACGCCGCCGCAAACUUCAGCUCUUUCUCACCUUCGCAGCCAUCAUCAUCUCAGCAGAACCAGAGUUUCAUGGAUAUGAUAAUGACAUCAGCUAAGAAUGACCAAGAAGACGAUGAUGAUGAAGAAGAAGAAGAGUUCACCAUCAAGAAAGAGCCAUCACCCAACUCGAAAGGUAAUAUGUCUGUGAAAGUUGAAGCAAAGACUAUAGAUCAGAAGCCUAAUACGCCACGCUCUAAACACUCAGCUACAGAGCAGCGAAGGAGGAGCAAGAUUAAUGACAGAUUUCAGAGACUGAGAGAGAUCAUUCCUAAUAGUGACCAGAAGAGAGAUAAGGCAUCGUUCCUCUUAGAGGUUAUCGAGUACAUUCAGUUUCUACAAGAGAAAGUAACCAGAUAUGACAGUUCCUAUAACAUCUGGAAUCAUGAGCCAUCCAAAAUGAUGCAAUGGCGGAGGAACGAAGGUUAUGUAGAACGUGCGCGAGGAACAAGCACUGAUUCAGCUCCAGCGUCAGUUUUUGGCAAGAAAUUCGACGACAGCAAAGCUGCCGUCUCCCCCAGCCUGCCAACUAGCGGUCAAAACCUAGUAGACUCAGACUUGAGCACUGCCACUACAUUGAGAGAAAGAGUGGUUCAACCUCCCGAACCAACAUCAAAGCCCGCGACACUUCAUUCGCCAAUGAACCCAAACAUCUUCACUCUUGGUAGUAGGACAACAAGCGUUCCAGCCUCCCCAAUCUCACCAAAACAGGCAUCCGGUGUGGAGAAAACUAUGACAUGGCCCCCACAGGACAUGACCAUUGAAAGUGGCACGAUCAACAUCUCUAGCGUUUAUUCCCAAGGGCUGUUGAAUACUCUCACGCAAGCGUUACAGAGAUCCGGAGUGGACCUAUCGCAGGCCAGCAUCUCAGUACAAAUCGACCUGGGGAAGAAAGCAAACAGCAUCACACAUUCUUCAACCUUCGUCUCCAAGGAUGAUGAAGCCGAUGCCACCUUGCCUCGUUCUUCAACCGGGAAGGAGCCAGGGCGUGCUGCGAAGAAACUAAGGACUAGCUGAAGCCUGGUGCAAUGGUAUAGUAUUAUUCUUUAGUAGUUGUAUUUGUUCAUUUUUUCGGGUUCCGUUUUCGACAGAGCGGUAAUGCCUGAUUCAGGAACCAUUGUACAUGGGUUUUUUUGUUAUUUUCUCCAUGUUUUUCCACCAGUAUCUGGGAUAUACUAAUACACAUAUCUCAGCACACAAAAAUGUUGUCUUUUUUAUGUACUACUAUUUGUAUGCUACUCUAUUUAUCAUAUGAAAGAGGCUUCCAUUAUGAUAUUAGGAAGCCCUACUUUUGGAUUUCAA